CACCAGUAACACUUUCCUUUCUUCCUUCAGGUUCCUGAUUGUUACAGACCAUUUGCUGCAAUGUCCAGAGCUGGUAAAAGCCCUCUAUGCCAAACUGAGCAAUCAAGAAAGGGUUACUUUGUUAGAGCUGAUGAUGUCGAAGGUGAGCGAGAAGAGCUGUGUUAGCAGCGAGGAGAUGAGGGUGAUGGCGAGACACGCCGCCUUCCUUGCGGGCUGUUUCCAGGAGCAGUGUGGAGCUGUGCUCAGGUUAACUGAUGCAGCAGGGGCAGAAGAUGAGGAAGCAUUGGUGACAAUUUGUCUCCUCGAUGUCCUGUGUGAGAUGACCUCGAGCAGUGGGCAGCUGGAACAUCUGCAGGCUCUACCUGGUUUGCUGGAAACAGCUGUAGAUACCCUGAGAUUAACUCACCUCGCUGGGAAACAGGCUGUCAACGUUUUCACUGCCACGCAUGCUGUGACAGGGCAGGAAGAAGUUUCACAUCCAGCCGUGGGUUUUAAAUCUCAUCUCAUUCGUUUGAUUGGAAAUUUGUGUUACAAAAAUAAGGAAAACCAAGACAAGGUGUAUGAGUUGGAUGGCAUCCCCUUGAUUCUGGACAACUGCAGCAUUGAUGACAACAAUCCCUUUGUGAACCAGUGGGCAGUUUUUGCCAUCCGGAAUCUGACGGAGCAGAACGAGCGGAACCAGGAGCUGAUUGCGGGGCUGGAGGAGCAGGGGCUGGCCGAGGGCUCUGCCCUGGAGAGCAUGGGCUUGGAGAUGGAGAAACGGGAGGGCAGGCUAAUCCUGAGGUCUGCCAGGAAAAAGCCCUCCUGAGCCAAGGCGUAUUUCUCUUAUAAAAUAGUUUCCACCGCUCGGCCAGUCAAGAUUUCCUCCUUUUCAGUCCCAGUCUGCUGGAAGUGUUACAUUCCUUGUCAGAAGAGCUGCCAAAUGAUGCUUCUGCCUCGCUGUUGUAAACAAAAGCACACCUCUGUGUUUCCUGAACACUUGGGUAAAUCAGCCUGUGCAACAAAGUCCUUCUUGUCAGUGGGUUGGAAUUCUUGUUUCCUUAGUAGAAGGGUGUGAUAGAUGCAGGAUUGAGUUGUUAUAAUUUCCUUUGCUGGAGAUAACUGUUGUUAAAAAACUCACCAAAGAUAGGGCUUCUUUGCAGGCUGCGCUCUCCAUGUAAAAGAUCUGUGCUGAGUCAGGGCUAAACAAUCAAAGUUUUCAGUCAUGGGACUCAAAUAUCUCUAUUUAUAAUCUAAGGAUCGACGGGAUGUUUGUUGUACAUAAAUAUUUAGUGAAUUAAACACAACAUGCCUUCUGUGUAAUUAAA